AUGUCAAAUAUUUCAGGUGAUGAAGGAAGCUUCUACUCAGGAAACAAUGGAGAAGAAGUUCAUCAAGAAAACGAGCAGCAACAACUACAAAACCACCCUCAUGGCUCAAGUUCAGGACCAUCCGGUGCUUGCAAUAGCAAUGGCUCCACUAAUCAACAACAACAACAACCAUCCAAGAAGAAAAGAAAUCUACCUGGAACCCCAGAUCCUAAUGCUGAAGUCAUUGCUUUAUCACCAACCACAUUAAUGGCAACAAAUAGAUUCGUAUGUGAGAUCUGCAACAAAGGGUUUCAGAGGGACCAAAACCUACAGUUGCACCGCAGAGGUCACAAUCUUCCUUGGAAACUGAGACAAAGAACAAGCACUGAGGUGAAGAAACGGGUCUAUGUGUGCCCUGAGUCAUCAUGCGUCCACCAUAACCCAGUUCGUGCAUUAGGUGACCUCACUGGCAUUAAAAAGCAUUAUAGCCGCAAACAUGGUGAGAAGAAAUGGAAAUGCGACAAGUGCUCUAAAAGAUAUGCAGUCCAAUCUGAUUGGAAGGCCCACCAGAAAACCUGUGGUACUAGGGAAUACAAAUGUGAUUGUGGAACCAUAUUUUCAAGGAGAGAUAGUUUUAUCACCCACAGAGCUUUCUGUGACGCAUUAACUGAAGAAAAUAACCGAGUGAACCAGGGAUUAACAAGUGGCAUGCCACUAAACUUGCAAAGUCAAAUGCCGGAUCUUAUGUCUACUAUGCCUCUAACACCAAGGUCCAACAAUAUCAGUGACUAUGACCCUAAGAAUCCACUCAAAUCUCUCCCCCAAGAAGUUGUCCCAAUACCAUUCAAGUCCAUGAAUAUGGGUGGUGGCAUGUUCUCCACCAAUGCAGGUUCACUUUUUGGUGGUCCAAAAAGCAUGUCUCCCUCUUCUUCUAGCCUUCAGCUCAGUUCCAAUAGCUCUUCUGGCUUCAAUAAUUACUUGCAAGACAGCAAAAAUGGAGGACUAAUUUCUGGCUCAGCUCUCAUGUCAGCAACAGCUUUAUUACAAAAAGCAGCUCAAAUGGGUGCCACUGCAAGCAAUAGCAUUAACUCCCCCAUGAUGCAAAAAAGCUUUGUUAGUAGCAUGGUUGGUCCUGAUCAUGUUUCUUCCACUAAAUCACCAUAUUCAGGUCCUCAUCAUCUUCAGUAUAACCCUUCAUAUGACCACUUUCCUCCUCAUCCUGAUGUAUCUAACAUGGCUGGGGUUAGUGGUACCCCUGCAUUCACCAACCAAUUGUUUCAGAAAGGACAAGAAGAAAUUUCACAACUACUUGUUACUAACAAUGGAUCUACAAUGAAUGAUAUAGGUAUGUUCAGCCAAAUGUCCAUGGGAAGUGACCACAAUAACCCAGGAUUGAUGAAGAAUGUGGAACAAGAGAUUAGUAAUAGUCCAAGUUUGAUUAAUGGAAGAGAUGUAGCAGAAGUUCAUGACUUCUUGGGCAUUGGGGGUUCACCUUCAAGAGCAAUGAAUUUGCAUGAACCACAACAACAACAAAGAUUGGAAGCAUUAAGCCACCAGAGGUUGGAAUUUAUGAACCACUUUCAUCACCAUCUUCCACAUGAGGAUUCAACUAUGGAGAAAUCCAUUUGGGAUGUGUGA